GACCAGGGGCAGACUGACCAUUUGGAAACUCGGGCACUGCCCGAGGCCCCGGGGUCAAUAGGGGGCCCCAUGAGAUGCCCUUGGUACCUUUUUCAUAGGCUUUUUUGAGUUUGGGCAAGGACACAGGGGCCCCAUGAUCCCCUAUUGCCCGGGGGCCCCAUGAGUUGUCAGUCCGCCCCUGCUUUGGACUGCCACCCAACUGUGCCCAUCAGUGCCCAUUGGUGCCACCAACCUGUGCCCAUCAGUGCCACCCACCAGGGCCCA